AUGACGGCAGCGUACCUUCUUGGGGACACCUUGGUCGGAGCAUUCACAUCAUCUGCAACAGGCACGAAGUCAGCGAUUUGCUUCUUCUCAAUGCAGCGAUUGAAGCUGACCUUUUGGUACAACAUCGAUCGGUGUCGUGGCGGAUCCGAUUCUAUCGGGCUUCCACAUAUUGGAAGAGAUGCCAAGUGCAUUAACAAAUCUCGAAUUCCGUUGGAUGAGGAGACUUGUGAACUGGGAGUGGGUGGCUCGAUUGAAUCUGUCGAGAUCGCUGUUGCUGAAGUUGACGUCAAAAUCACCUCACUGAGCGGUAUUCCCGAUCCACGGAUUCUACUCGCCGGUACUGAUGACGGACAGAUCCUGCAGGUGAGUUACGAGAAC